AUGACCCACGGCAAGAUUCCUCAAUGGAAGCUCGGCCAGCCCAAAGACUUUUACUCGAGAUUCGUUCACAAGCGCCAACCCGUUGUCAUCCAAGGAAAACUCGACGAUCUCGACUUUGUCACAAAGAACUGGUCCAAUGUCGACUACCUGCGCGAAACAGCUGGCGAUGCUCCCGUCAAGGUCGAGCCAAUGCACCAGGAGAAGAAGCGAUAUGGCACUGAUGUCGAGCGUGUCGAUACCACCUUCGGCGCUUUCCUCGACUCGCUGAAGGAGGACAAGGAGGAAUACGACUACCUCACCACUCAAUACUCAGACGAUGAAGACGACAUGGACAAAAAGGAACAUGGACAAAACAACGAGAUCAAGAACGGCACAUUCCCACAACCCGUGCGUGCUCUCUUGCGCGAAGAGGUGCCAAUGCGCCCCGGAGUGAUGGGCAAUCUCGUUAUCCAACAGAUGAAUAUCUGGCUCGGCAAGACAAAGUCAGGCACUAGCUCUGGCCUUCACCACGACUUCCACGACAACCUCUACAUUUUGCUCAAGGGUCGCAAACGAUUCGUCCUGUAUCCUCCUUCGGCAGUUCACCACCUCGACACCUACGGCAAACCGCAGAAGAUUCACCCCAACGGCUUGAUCGUCUACAAGCAGCCCGGCGAAGAAGAUGACGAAGACAUCACCGAAGAAGACAACGAAGCCGACCAAAUCAGAUCUGAUGGUCUAGUCGAGCGCGACGCAGCCGCCCUAAAAGUCCAAGCCCUAGAGGAAGCAAUGGACAAACUUGAAGAGAGCGGCGAGAAAAAGGGCCUCGAUAAGAUUCAGAAGGAAUACGGUGACGCCGUCGAGCGACUCAUGAAAUACCAAGCCGCCGACUUUGGCGAGUUGGGCGAAGAUGACUUUGACGAGGUAUCCUCGGCCGAAGAAUCCGAGCCCGAAGAACUCAAAGAUCAGGUUCUACGCGAUAACCUCAUCUUGAAGCGUAAAGCCACCGACGACUUAGCCGGCUCCAAGGCUUCCAAAACUGCAAAAGCUGGAGCUGAAGACCAGGACGACGACGACGACGACUCUGAAGCCAACGACGACGACGAUGAUUCGGACGCCGAACUAAUGGCAGCACUCGAACGCGCACAAAAUGGCCAACGCGACGACUUCGACGACGGCGACUCGGACGCCUCCGACCUCGAAGAUGCUUUUGCAUUUGCCCAAGGCUCAGACGCACCCUCUGAACCCCUCUCCUUCUCCAAAAUUUCCACUCAAGACCUGCACUCUCACCUCUCCCUCACAACACCCCACACACACUCUGCAGCCUUGGAACAGGCAGGGAAACCAUACAUUGUUGACCUCAAAGCUGGAGAUAUGCUCUACUUGCCUACCUCUUGGUUCCACGAGGUCACGAGUUUCAGCGACGAGGAUAGCGCUGAUAAUGUGCACAUCGCACUCAACUAUUGGUUUCACCCUCCUGAUUCUGCAAAGCCUGAGUUUGAGAAGCCAUAUGCUGAUGCUGUUUUGUGGAAGUUCAUGGAAGAGAAGGUGAAGAGUGCUUAUGAGAGUUUGGUUGCUGCGAAGGAGGACUAG